UAUAGAUUAAGCAACCUGUUUCCGCACACACAUACCAAAUUAUGGCAGUGCGGAAAUCUGGUUGCGAUAAUACGUAAGUACCUACAUCUGUACCGUUUACAAAAAGAGAUCACUGAUUAAGUCACACUGAUAUUUUGGAUUCUGUUUACCAGCAUUUGUUUCUCAGUCUAUGAGAUGUAAUGGGAUAAAAAUAAUUGGUUUCCUUUAGAUGUGUGUUGUGCCUUUAAAUGAAGGCAGUCUCUGCAAUAACUUUCCUGUUCUUGAUAACUGCAAGUGUAACUCAGAAGCAGUCUGUGUUCACAAUGGCUUCUAGUAAACAAACUGUAGAGGUUAUGGAGGAAUUUAUUUGCGCAAUUUGCCUUGAACUUUUGAAUGUUCCAGUGAUACUGGAGUGUGGGCACAAUUUCUGCAAGUCUUGUAUUGACAGAGUUUGGGACAGUGAGAAACAACCUUCCUGUCCUGAGUGCAGAGAGGAAUACACAGCCAGGAAAUAUGCAGUGAACAGACUACUAGCAAAUGCAAUUAAAAAUGUGCAAAUACAGUGUCAGAGAGGACAAGAACCAGACCCACAAGAGAAAAAAGGAGAUGGUCUCUGUAGAGAACAUGAAGAAAGCCUGAAACUAUUCUGUGAAGAUGAUGAGAGUUUGGUUUGUCUGAUGUGUGUUCCAGAACAUCGUGGUCACAACUUCCUAACAGUGCAGAAAGCAGUUAACAAGUACAAGGACAAUCUGAUAGCUUCCUUGUCUCAGUUGCAGUCCAAGCUGAAAGGGUAUAAUGAAAAAAAGUGCCAGCAAGAAAUGAAGAUGUCAGAAGUCACAGCCAAUGCCAGAAGUCUGCAGUUGCACAUUUCCUCUGACUUUGCCAAGCUUCAUGAGUUCCUCCAGCAUAAGGAAGAAAAACUGAUUCAACAGCUGAAAGAGGAAGAAACAGGAAUUCUGAAAGAGAUGAAAGAAAACCUGAGAAAAAUAAAAGAGGAUAUUAAUGGCAUUCAGAAAUCAAUCUCAAAUGUUCAGCUACAGCUGCAGCAACAGGAUGAACUAACUUUUUUAAAGGAAAUCAAGGCAUUCCUAGAAAGUCUUUUAAAAGACCAGGAAGAAGGUGAAAGCCAAAGUGUUGUGGCGCACAAUCUGAGUCUAGGGGUAUACAAAGGCCCUCUGCAGUAUGGUGUGUGGAAGGAGAUGGAAUCCAUCCUUAAUCCUAAAGUCUUCAGUCUUUCCUUGGACCCUGAGACAGCACACCCCAAUCUCAUUCUGUCUGUGGACCUGACUAGUACGAGAUGUGGUGACAUUAGACAGCAGCUCCCUGACCAUCCUAAGAGGUUUGAUUCUGGUGUGUUUGUGCUGGGACCGAAUGGAUUCACAUCAGGAAGGCACUACUGGGAAGUGGUGAUAAGGAACAAGACUGAAUGGUAUGUAGGCAUUAUGAGAGCGUCCAUCAACAAGAAAGGUUUCAUCACUUUGUUCUCCAAGAAUGGAUACUGGGCUGUGAGCCUGAGGGCUGAAAAUAAUUCUAUGCCAUUUGAAUCACCACCCAGCCUUCUUAACCUGAGUGUGAAACUGCAGAGGAUCGGCAUGUACCUGGACUAUGAGGCGGGGCAGGUAUCAUUUUAUAAUGCUGAUAACAUGUCCCACCUCUACACCUUCUCUGAUACCUUCGCAGAGAGACUCUUCCCUUUCUUCUCACUUGAUCUUGCUGCAGGGUCCAAACUGUUUCUCUUAAAUUUGUAAUUGAAAUUGGAAUGCCAUAAUGUGCUAAUACAAGAUGUUCCAUGGAGUGUAGGUUUAUAAAUUCAUCAUAAAGAAUGAAAGAAAAAUUUAAACACUUUUAUUGAAUGAUGUCAUUAUUGUGCAUAGAAUGCAUAAAAAAAUAGCAAGUUUGAAGAUAAUAAAAUGAAGGCAGAGUGUCUUUUCAGGAGAUGCUCCUGUUAAACAAGUGUACAAUUUAGGAGUUUAAUGAAGUUUUAUGUUACUCUUAAUGUAAGUCAAAGGUCUGAAACUGAAUUUAGGAUCUGCACUUUAAAGGUGAUAACUUGACAUGAGUAUUACAGCUGGUAGUACAUGAACAAUAUAUGUACUUUAGUUUGCAGAGAUGAUUUUUUUAACAAACCUAAAACAAAAUCAUGUAAAAGCAAACUCAAAUUCUAACUUGUUGGUGUUUUUAUUAGCAACCUUUAUUAUGCUGAUAACAUCAAAUUCUUCAAGCUGUGUUUACUCCUCCAGUUAUAUUACACCCCCAUGCUAUAGUGGAUUCCAAUACUGCCACCCUUCUGGCCAUAAUACAGACUCAAGAUUUAAAAGCACGGGCAUGGAAGGGCAGGCACUAGGCUGCCUGAUAUUAAAAAAGUUUCACAGUAUGCAAAAAAAAAA